CGACCACUGGGCGUCAGUAGUUCGCGCCUUCUCUUCAACGCGGACACCUAGGAGCCCUGUUCCUCACCCACCCCUGUACCCAGCUGCCGGGGAGCCCUGGUCUGCGCUCCUUUUCCCCGCGUGACAGCGGAGGAGCGGUGGUCACGCGGCAAGGCGCCAGGGGCCCGACUACAAGUCCCAGGAACCGGCAGGGGAGGGGCGCGCGGGACUCACGCGGGGAGUUCACGGGCAAAGCGAGACCAUUUCCCGGCAAGGACGUCGCAGCCCUGCCCGGCUCGAGCCAGGAAGUCCGCGGCGGAGAAGCGGAAAACCCUAUCGUCCGUGCCGGGUUCCCUGUAGCAAGCCUAGUCGCCCGGACCUCCCCGAUUGUCGUUGUUGUUAAUACUGCGAGCACGAAAUUCCUCCCCAGCGCCUCCUCCCCUCCCGCCCCACCUGCUCCUCCCCCUCCUGUUUGCAACACGCCAUUAGGGAGCCUGCGACCUCAUUGCCAAAGUUCUUAAGAGCUCGCAUUCGGUCACCAUGGGGAAUGGGAUGAACAAGAUCCUGCCUGGCCUGUAUAUUGGCAACUUCAAAGAUGCCAGAGAUGCAGAGCAGUUGAGCAAGAAUAAGGUGACACACAUUCUGUCUGUCCACGAUAGUGCCAGGCCUAUGUUAGAGGGGGUUAAGUACCUGUGCAUUCCAGCAGCGGAUUCACCAUCUCAAAACCUAUCAAGACAUUUCAAAGAAAGUAUUAAGUUUAUUCACGAGUGCCGACUCAGUGGAGAGGGCUGUCUUGUACACUGCCUGGCCGGUGUCUCCAGGAGUGUGACUCUGGUGAUCGCAUACAUCAUGACCGUCACUGACUUUGGCUGGGAAGAUGCCCUGCACACUGUGCGUGCGGGGAGGUCAUGUGCCAACCCCAACCUGGGCUUCCAGAGACAGCUACAGGAAUUUGAGAAGCAUGAAGUCCAUCAGUACCGGCAGUGGCUGAAGGAAGAAUAUGGAGAGAGCCCUUUGCGGGAUACGGAAGAAGCCAAAAACAUUCUGGGUAAAUAUAAAGAGCAAGGGCACAUGGAGUCCCAGCCUGGUGCAUGGAGGGGGAGCAGCUUUCAGGCCCUGCCUCCUUUGGCCUACAGCAACUAUACUACAGAGACCUAACACUGCAACCUGGUGCCUGCCUUUCCGCUGGGCCUCCUGGUGUGCUGGCUGCCACCUCAGAGGACAGGAAAGGGAGGGUGGUGAAGAAGGUGGAUCCAGGCUUCUUCUCAGGACCCCACCCAGCCCUGCUUCAGGCCCCUCUACUCGGCCCACUCCUGCCUAGCCAAAGCCCGCUGCACUGCCUGGAUGCUGCCCUAUUGCCCAUACUGCCGCGCACCUCUGUGCGAAUGUGUCUGUGCAUGUGUGAAUGUGUGAACAGUGCUGGAAAAGACAAAAUCCACACUGCCAGGAUUGGUGUCUCCACAUUUCCCUUUGUCCAGGACUCCACAUGGAAGGCUUUAAAGUUGACAUCUGAAAAGCUGCUCAUUCAGAAGCAGCCUGUGCCUGUGAGUACACAGGGAGGAGGACUCAGGGGGCUGAGCAGCUGAAAACAGAAGCCUCCUCCAGAACCCAGGGCAGCAGGAGGCCCAGACUCCUUCCUGAGGGUAGUUGCAGGGUUUUGGAAGGUGGUGGGGUUGGUGCUCUGAGCAUUGCCUCUACCUUAAUGAAAGUGCCCCAGGCCUUGGCUCCCUGCUGCCUCAGGUCAAGGCUGGGUUUUCAGCCCAUCCUGUCCCAGAGUUCUAUUUGAAGUGUGUUUUCUGUGGUACUGACUACAUUUUAGUUCCAUGGGGGAGCACUACCACUUCAGCCAAAGCUGUGUGCCCAGAGCACCCUUCCUUUCUCCUUCCAGCUUCACUUAACUCCUAACCUCUUGCUGUUCUCACUCUUCAAGGGGUCUCUUCUCACUUCUCAAGAUUUGCAUGCACCCUUAGGAAUUAGGAAGAAAGAGCACUUAUUAGGCACUCUAGCAGUUUGCAUUUAAAAAAUACAUUUAAAAAUGCCUGAGCACAUAUUAAGCACCUUUGUAUAUGCUGUGGAUUUGAUAUUUGAUCUCAGCUACCUCAUUAAAUAUUUUCUGACAAGGUGUUUUUUGUUAUUCCAAUCAAGUCUGCCUCUUAGUUGAAAAUGUUUGGUCAUAACUGCUUUUAAACCAAAGAGAAAAGCAUCAGUAUCAUUGAGCUAUUUAAAGUUUCUGAUUUGGGCUCCAAUAAUGCUUUCUCGUGGAUAAAAUUUCACAUUUAUGCCUGGGCCAACAGGCCUGAGAGCAUCUAUAGUUUGCAGCUUAGGGCAGCAGGCAUCUUUGUAUGCUGUGAGCAACUCUGUGAUCCAGUCCUUUAUACCAGCUCAGAUUGUUUAAGCAUGCAGAACCAUAAGAGAUGAAAAAAAUAUACUCGGUUUCUCCCUAAGAAGAUAUUGCAAUCCAUUUCUCUGAUUCUACAUAUAGAAAGAACCCCUGAAUAAAAAGAGCAGUUUCCUCAUGCAGUUAUAGGAUAUGUCACAGGAGAGCCCUUUGGGGAACAGGGAGAAUGAAGUCACCUGACUCUACACACUCAUACGGGCCCUAGAUACACAAUGAAAAAGGGAAACAUGACCAUAGAAUUAUCCAUCUACAGCUGAAACAAUUUGCCUAUGAAGUACAUUUUUUCCCUUCAAUCAAAAAGAAAUGUAUAUAUGUUAACUGAAAGAGUAUUUAGGAUAUCAGCUUGAAUGCUUAAAUAUGUGUGUACAUUUAUGAACAUCAAAAUAUAUUUUUAAUAUUUGUUGCCAGUAAUGUUCUUUUUCCACAGCCACACUAGGAAUUCUGAAGUACUGGGCCUUUCUCAGAAGACUGUAAUGUCCCUGAAGUUUCUGAAAUAUUGCAAAGCCACAGAGUUUAGUCUGGUGCUGCCAAAAAGAAAAGCAACCUAAAGUUUAUUUUUAAGUAUCCAGAUGUAAUUUGUAAAUUUGUUUGUUUUUCAUUUUAAACUAAAUACAUGUAUAAUCGUGUUGUUAUACUCUUUAGCAAGAGAGUAUAUUUUUACCUUAAUUUCUCAACUGCAACUAUUUCUUUAACUUUAACUUCAAUGCCUUUAAAGCAGUCUCAGGGCCCUGCUCUACUGUUGUGGUUGCUGCCUAGUGAUCACGAUUGCUUCUUGUGAUGAUUGUGCUGUGUGAACUCUGCUCAUGUGUUCUUAAAUUCCCCAGCUUGGGAUAUACCUCUUGGUGUGUGUUUUAUCUAUGGUUUGUGUUCUCCGUGGUGGCAUUUACCAAAAGCUACACAUUUUUGUUAAUAAAGGGCAACUUAGCCACAUUUAACUUCA